CUUGUCGACAUUAAUUUACUUCAAUUGGAUUUAAUUUAAUUUAAUUUAAUUUCAAUCCUUGAUUGUGUCUCACUCAUUCAUUAUUUUCCAGUUAAAAUUUUCAAUGGUGAUUAAAUUGUGAUUUAAUUAUUACUUAACUACUUCCUUGUGACUUUUUUUAUAUACAAUUUAUUUUUCAAGAGCAAUUAACAAUCACACAAUUGAUUUAAUCUUGACAGUGACAAUAAAUUAAUGUGAAACCAUCAAAACAAUCAACUAAAUUGGUGAUUAUUUGUUAUUUAUGAUAAGUUAUUUUUUCACCAAUUCCAAUUGAACCAAAGUUUUCCGAUCUCAUCUCGAAGUCUCUCUCGACCAUGAGCCGAACCAAAGGAAUCUUAUCUGUCAUCGGCUGUUCGAUAAUCUACUUUUCUAUUGGACUUUACUUUAGUUCGGGCAACACAGCGAUCUAUUUAACCUCUUAUCUUCGGGCUAAAACGGGCUCAAACGCGACCUUGACCGACUCUGUUUGGUUUCUCUAUGCAGUCGGUUUAUCAGCUGUUAUCUUACCUUUCGGCGGCUGGUUAGACUCAAAAAUUGGUGCACGUGGUGUUUGCCUACUCGGUGGACUAUUGCAAAGUGGCGGUAUAAUUGGAACUUAUUUCGCUUUGGAUCACAGUUUCCUUCUCGUGCUAAUAUGUUACGGCGGGAGUUUCUUACUGUCAUGUGGUGUUGCAUACACAGGACCAUUAGUUGAGAUUAACAAGUGGUUCCCAGAAAAAAAAGGUCUCGUGACUGGAAUCGCUUGUGCAUCGAUGGCAUUUGCACCAACCGCUUGGACUCCCUUGAUCACCACACAAAUCAAUCCCUUGAAUAUCCCACCUGACAUGAAAGGUUAUUUCACCGAUACCUUAGUAUUGGAGCGAACCAAAGAUUCACUUAUAUUUCAAGGACUAGUGACCAUGUUCAUGUUUGCCCUUGGCACUGCGUUACUUUAUCCUGCACCUUCAGCUGAAGAUAUUGAAUCAGAAAAGAAAGCCUCAGGCAAUUUAGAUUCUAAUCCAGAUAAACUUUCUAGUUACCGAUUCGACGAUGGCCUCACACCUUCCCAAGCCGUUAGAACUUUCGAGUUUCUAAUUUUAUCCAUAAAAAUCAUGUUAACCGAACUUGUAUUUUUUUAUCUUCUCUUUGUUUACAAGCCCUUUGGUCAAACAUUUAUCCAUAAUGACCUCAUGUUAUCAACUAUUGGAGCUUGUGCCGGACUGUCCAAUACAUUUUGUCGUCUCUUUAUGGGCUACGUUAAAGACAUUUUUAGUUACAAGGUUUGCUGUUUACCUCUGAGUGCACUUUCAACCAUUUUGAUUGCUUCACUUCCGUUCACAUCGAUGGCACAUCCACUCGUUUACUCGGUUGCUGUUGUCGCGGCUUUGGGUAUCAUUGGAUCACAAUAUGCGCUCAUGCCAUCGGCGGUCACUGAUAUUUUCGGUGAAAAACAUGCAUCGAUAAAUAUUGGGCUGGUCUAUGUCUCAACGGUUAUCGCUGAUGUUGGUGGUGCCUUAGGGUCACAAUAUUUAACUGAAUAUCUUGGUUGGACCGGAAUGAUCUAUGCAAUCAGUUUCUGUGCUUUUAUGGAUUUCUUAGCGACAUUCGCACUUCCAUCUGACCCGGCCAAGAGACUUCGAGAAAAACUUGACGGGGACAAACACACAAUGACUGAAGUAACACAGAGCUACACAAUCAGUUUACCAAGAGGAAAACUAUCAUCACCAUCGCCUGCAUAUAAUUAUAAUCGAAGCGCAGUUCCAGUUCCAGUUAUACUCCCAGAAAUUUAUCUACUCAGAAAAGAGUCAACGAAGAGAUAGAUUCAAAAGAAGAGGCCAAACAUCUUAAAUAAAUGUAAUAAUUAUCUGAUUUCAAAUCGACGAUAUUUUCAUUGUAAAUGUUUAUAAAAAUUGAAACUGUUGCUUUGAUCUUUCAAUAGAUGGCAUAAGGAGUUUCACCAGAUUUCUAACAAAUCAAAGUGAAACUGGAUUAACUGUAACAAUCUAAUUUAUUUUUUAGUCAAACCAAUUUAGUAAAAAAAAAAGACUGAAAUAUGAAAAUUUAUCCUCUCAAAUCAAUCGAAACGUGAAUUCUAGAACCAAUUAAACCGAAUAAACCCACGAAUAUUUGCUGUUUGUG